ACAAUUUAAGAUAAAAUGGUUACCCGACGAGCUAUGAUAACGAGACGCAAAAAGUAUUUUCGUUACAGAACAAAAGUGGAACCUAGUAACAGUGCUCCAAGAGGUCUAUGAUCAUAAUUCAAAUUCAAAAAUAAAUUUUAAGUUAGGCCAGUUCAAUUUGUUACAGGAAUCGUCAUAAAAUUGGACGAGUUUCGGAUGAUGUUUCCUGUAACAAUUAUCUUAUCGGUGAAUAAGUAACAAUAAUCCAAAGUUCACAGUUUAUCAUAAAAUACAAAAGCAUGUCAUUAUUAAAACAAUUAUUAUUUUAAAUAUAUUUUUUGAUUUGCUAAUCUAAAAAAUUACAUACUAAAGAAAAUAUUUUAGGAGACUAAAAUCAAAUAAAUCUUAUAAGUUUCCAUAAAAAUGAAUUUAGAAAACUUGAAAUCAAAUUUUGAAAGAGAUGGUUAUGUAAUUCUUAACGACUUCUUUAAUGAAAACGAGGUAAAAGAAAUGAAAAAUGCUGGCAUUGAGUUAACACAGAAUGUUCCGGUAGAUGCCAAAACUGUAUUUAAGACCAGUCAGGCUAGUCAGGAAACAAAUAAAUACUUUAUGGAAAGCAGUGACAAUAUCGGAUACUUUUAUGAAAAAGAUGCAUUGGACAACAACGGUGAUUUAAUGAUAGACCAAUCUCUAGCUUUGAAUAAAGUUGGGCAUGCUUUGCAUCGAUUGAAUCCUAUUUUUGAAGUGUAUACUUAUAGUGAGAAAGUGAUUAGUGUAUGUAGAGCUUUAGGUUUAAUCCAACCAGUGGUUGCUCAAAGUAUGUACAUUUACAAAAACCCAGGAAUUGGAGGGGAAGUGGUUCCACACCAAGAUUCUACAUUCUUAUAUACAGAACCAGAUACAUUAGUAGGUUUUUGGAUUGCAUUAGAUAAUGCAACACUAGAAAAUGGUUGUCUAUGGGCAAUACCUGGGUCUCAUAAAAGCCAUGUGUACCAAAGAAUGUUGUGUAAUCAUGCAGAUAAUUUAAAAAAACAAACUUUUCAAGGAAUUUUUCCCAAAUUUAAUGACUCUGAUUUUAUACCACUAACGCUAAAAAAAUCUGGACUUAUAUUGAUACAUGGUCGAGUAGUUCAUAAGAGCGAUCACAAUAAAUCUCUUUUAUCAAGGCAUGCUUACACAUUUCAUGUUUAUGAUGAAGAUAAAAAAAAAAAACUCGUAAAACAGUGAAAAAUGAACGGAUUGAAUUGAUUUUUCUAUCAUAUCUCAGGAAUGUCAUUAGGCGAGUCUGGUGAAAAUUACAAAUCUUAAGUCGUAAAACGCUUGCGUUUUCGAAAACGGUCGAAAUUUUAAAACACUCGUGGGCGAACGGCAAAAAUUUUUCGACCUUUGCCAAUAAUUUUCCCGGAGUCUGGUGACUAAGGUACUUUUGUUGAAAACAAUUUUUUGGAAAUUCGAGCACGCUAAGUAAUUUUUCCAGAAAAGCGUUUUUUCCGUGUUCUAUUAUAUAAUAAGAUACUUAUUAUACACUUUUAUUUAUUCUUAAUUAUUUUCAAAAGUAAAUAAAUAAUUUAUAUAAAUAAUAUUAA